AUGCGUGGCGCCGCCAAGUGGAUGGCCAUCGACGCCACCUUCAUCUGGUGGUUCUUCCUCGCCGUCUCCAAGGAAACCUUACACAUCAUUGUGCAUGAUGAUGAUGCCUUGAUAGUGUCUACAAAGAUCACCGGCCUUUUCACUAACAACCAGCUGCAACUGAUCGUCUUCCUUCAGCAAGAGUUUGUUGGUCUUCACCAAAAUGAUUCUUCCAUCGACGAUUAUUGCAUGCGCCUCAAAAACCUCAUGGACAAUAUGCACGACAUAGGGUUUCCGCUCUCAGAUGAGGUCCUCCUCUCCAGAAUCAAGACCGACCUCAACAAGGACAUUGGCAAUGCGACAUCCAACCUCGGCCUUCUCACCAUCCCAACCUACCACAAGGCGGUGGACUACCUUAGUGUUGAAGAAUGUCAGAUAAAAAACUCUCGGGCACACACCAACCACACCUCUCAAAACCAUGCAUCAUCGUUUUUCUUCAUCAUCUCGGCUUCUGCUCCACUCGACUGCCCCGUUGUUCUUCUACCGCCAGGGUAA